CCCUCUCUCUCUCCUUCCCUCCCCCUCCCCGUAACCCUAUCUUCUCCACCAGUCACCCCCUUCCCUCUUGCCCUCCUGGCGGCGGCGUCGGCGGCGCGUGUCUGACUGGGAGCUUUAGCGGCAGGUCGGCCGUGCCCUCUCCCUCCCUCACCUCUCUCCUAUCUGCAGCGAGCGGUGGCGGCGGGAAACGGCGAGUGGCCUCGCGGAGCCGCCGAUUUGGACGACGCCGGCGACCAGGACCUCACCGGCAGCAGCGCAUCUUAUCCAAGUUUGCAGAUUUCCCCUACAAAGUCCGAGUCCUCCGUGCCAUUGGCAUGCUAUGAGAUGAUCUUACGAAGCCUUCAUUGGAGAACCCCAACCAAAAUAGAAGUGUGCCACAGGUGGGCUCCAUACUUAAGGUGGGAAGACUCUGCUCCAUCAUCACAACCCUGUGGAUCAAUUGCCACCAGUCUUUGGGUUGCAAAAUCUGGACAGAGCCUUCUGAAGUUCGACAGUCAUAUCAUCUCAACUGUACAUUGCCGUGCAAGAUGCCAAAAAUAAAGAACCUGUCUGAUGCAUGUAAAGUAUCAUUUUCUCCAGAUGGACCUAUAUCUGAAGAAACACUCGAGAGAGUUCGUGCACUGUUAGAUGAGAUCAGACCUUUAGAUCUCGGUUUAGAUAACGAAGCACAAAUUGCACGUACUUGGAAUAGUUCUACGCGUCAACAGAAUGGGAGGCGAGGACGCGGUGGGCCUAAUCAGUACGCGCCCACAAUCAAAUAUCUGCACAUUCAUGAAUGCGAAAGUUUCUCUAUGGGUAUAUUUUGUAUGCCACCGUCAUCAGUUAUUCCACUUCACAAUCAUCCAGGAAUGACUGUGCUGAGCAAGCUUCUCUAUGGCAAGCUGCACGCUGAAUCGUAUGAUUGGAUUGAUGUAGCUGAUCCAACUGACCCGUUAAAGCCAAGACCAGCAAGGUGUGUGAGAGACCGUGAAAUGACUGCGCCAGAGACAACCAUUCUUUAUCCUGAUAGGGGUGGUAACAUCCACACUUUCAGAGCCAUCACACCUUGUGCGCUCUUUGACGUCCUUUCUCCACCAUAUUCUGCUGAGAAUGGGAGAGACUGUUCAUACUUCCAGAAGUCUUCAGUCAAGGAGCCAUCUGUUGUUUUGCCGAGUGAAAUAGAUAGCUCAGAGGUAGUCUGGUUGGAGGAAUUGGAGGACCAUCAGCCUCCGGAGGGCUUUGUUGUUGCUAGAGGUUUGUAUAAAGGCCCUGUGAUAAGGAGAUAGUUAGGUUUUUAUACCACUUUUGCCAAUGGAUUGAGGACGCAGAAGGCUCCUAGUAUCAGCUGCAUGUGGCUUAGUAGAGCAAGUAUCAUCCAGGCAACCUGCAAGCAGCCUGCGGUUUACGUUGUACACACACGACCUGAUGUGGAUGAAUGAAGAGCGUUUGAGACCGUUUUCAUCGUGCCUUGCUCUGUACUGGAGCAAUGCUGCUGGUCUGUGAUGUACCCACGUGGCUCUUUUAUCAGAUGGAGGCCUUGGAGUAUAUACUUCUUUUGAGAAGAUGAGAGUUCUUGCCACGCUGUAUUAGGUAGAACAAGUGGCAUGGGCUUCUCACCUAAUGAUUGUUUCAGAAAAAAGAUUUGGUGUGGUGAACCGAUUAUUCCGUGUCAUUAUGUAAACAAUCGCAUAAACAUUCUUUGGGAUAAAACUGUCUUUGCAAAAACUAACAAUGCGGUGUAUGCUGUUAAGAGUCUAGUAACCACUCCUUUCCCUUCCA